AUGACAGAUGAUCAAUUCAAUGAAUAUGCUAAAAAGGAGAACUUGAUUGAAUUAUACAAAGUUGCUUAUAAAAAAGUUGUUCAAGAAUCAAAAUCAACAGAAAGAAAAUUAAUUGAUGCAUCAACCCAUUUAAGAGUUUAUGGUGCUUGUUAUUUAGAUCAAUAUGGUCAACAUAAUGAUUAUGAAUCAGACGCCCAAUUUGAAAAAGAUUGUUUGGAUAUUGAAAUGAGAAUGUUCCCAUGGUUGAGUAGAAGAUUACCAACUUAUAAAAGAUGGGAUGGAACUGAAUUGAAAACAUUACCAGAUAUUUCUAAAUAUACAAAUCAAAUUGAUGAUUAUAAUCCAAUAUUGACAAACUGUUAUAUGAAGAAUUUAAAACAUCAAUUGAAUGGUAGAGGUAUAACAAUCAGUGCUAAAGAUGAUCAUUUUGACAUAUUGGUUGGUUUAUUCUCAUUACUAAGAUCUUUGGGCAAUAAAUUACCAAUUGAAAUUGUUCAUAAAGGUGAUUUGAGUGAAAAAAUCCAAAAACAAUUGAUUGAUGUGGCACGUAUGGAUACUCCAAAUAUAACAAGUAUUAAAAAUCUUGAUGUGAUUUUAAAUCAAAGAAAUAUCACAGAUUUUAAUCCAUCAAACAAGACACAAGUUAAUGAAUUGUUCCCCAAGAUUGAAUUAUGGUUUGUUGAUGUCCAACAUGCAAUUUCUCAAAAUUAUAGAGAUAAAUUCAACGCAUAUGCCAACAAAUUAUUAGCUUAUUUCUUCAAUUCAUUCAAAGAUUGUAUCUUGUUGGAUGCUGAUACAGUCCCUGUUGUUGAUCUUGAAUCCAAGAUUUUUGACUCGGAGGAAUAUAAGAAACAAGGUGCUUUUUUCUUUAAAGAUCGUGAAUUAUUCUAUCAAGGUAUCUUUUCUGAUCGGAAAUUUUUUGCCAAAUUAAUGCCAACUAAUAUUGAUACUGGAAUGUUUAAAGUUCCUAAGGCAACAGAUAAGACUUUGAAAAACAGAUUUAUUGGUGGAAGAUUUUUACAUUAUAUGGAAGCUGGUGUUGUGGCUAUCGACAAAGCCAAGCAUUUCACUGGUGUUUUAACCACAUUACAAUUACAAAUCUGGGCACCAGCAGCAUCUAAAGUUUGGGGUGAUAAAGAGUUAUUCUGGUUAGGGUUAUCAAUUUCUGGUGAUGAAGAUUAUUAUAUGAAUGAAUUAGCUGCUGGUUCAGUUGGUCAAUUAACUCCUAAAAGAUUCAGAACUCAUGAAGAUAAAGAAUUGAUUGGAAGAGAAUUAUGUUCAACUCAUCCAGCUCAUGUUUCAAGCGUCGAUAAUUCAACUUUAUUAUGGUUUAAUUCUGGUUAUCAAUACUGUAAAAAGGAUACAGCAAAUGAAGAUUAUGAUGAAUCAAAAUUGUAUCAAAAAAUGUUCCCAUCAAAAGAUGAUUUGAACAAAUAUUACAAGGAUACUUUAAAAGUUGAAGCUGUCAUCAUACCAAAACAUGCUGAAUAUCAUGUUGGGAACGAUAUUGGUGAAAAUCCAAGAGGUUGGGGGAUGAAACACGAAUGUGGUGGGUAUAUGUUUUGCUCAUUUGAUAAAGUCGGUGGUAAAGAUGAUCCUGUUUCAAAUGGGUUAUUGUUACAAUUUAAUGAAACUCAACAGAAAAUUUAUGAUUAUCAUGGAUCUGUUUGGAUAAAUGGGAACAAAAUUUUCUAUGACCCAACUACAAAAAAGUAA